UUCGUCAGGAACGUCGCGGACGCCACCAGGCCUGAGGACUUGCGUCGUGAGUUUGGUCGGUAUGGCCCUAUAGUAGACGUUUACAUUCCACUUGACUUCUACACCCGCCGCCCAAGAGGAUUUGCUUAUGUUCAAUAUCCUUUAUUUUACUGUGUGCAUUUGAAUAUACUGCAUACAUGUGCAUAUUACAUAUAUGUAUUCAGGAGCAUAUGUUAUGAGAUUAAUAUUGCCUAAUUAAAUGUGUUUAUUUCUUUAUCUCAGAAAAUCUAAAGCAGUCCACAGUAGCUGGCAAGAGCCCCCCAGUUUGAACCAACCUGUUAGCUAGAAUCCGAGCAUAAACCGAGCAGGCGAGACAAAAGGCACCUAAAGUCCAAGCAUCAAGGAGUAAAGAGGGAGGGUGGACACAGAGAUAAAGACCUGGAAGAGGGAAGUCUUUAUCAAGCAAAAGACAAAGCCAACACCAGGUUGAGACUUCGGCUUUCCUACAUUUACUCAGAGUUCCAGAGUCAAAGCCAAGUCUGAUUUUGUUGGUUCUUCGUCUCUUAUAAAGUCCAUCUUGCAAGCCUUAAAGAGUAAAGGUCAAGGUUCAAGAUCAAGUGACAUUGAGCUAGUCAUAUUUGAAGAUGUUCGAGAUGCUGAAGAUGCUCUUUAUAACCUCAAUAGAAAGUGGGUAUGUGGCCGUCAAAUUGAAAUACAGUUUGCACAAGGUGAUCGCAAAACACCAGGACAAAUGAAAUCAAAAGAACGUCACCCUUGUUCUCCAAGUGAUCAUAGGAGGUCAAGAAGCCCCAGCCAACGGAGAACUCGAAGUAGAAGUUCUUCUUGGGAAAGAAAUAGGAGGCGGUCUGAUAGCCUUAAAGAGUCCCGACACAGGCGACUUUCUUAUAGCCAGUCUAAAUCUCGCUCCAAGUCACUACCAAGGCGGUCUACCUCAGCAAGGCAGUCAAGAACUCCAAGAAGGAAUUCUGGUUCUAGAGGACGGUCAAGGUCCAAGUCCUUAGAAAAAAGAUCGAAAUCAAUAGGAAAAUCACAAUCAAGUUCACCUCAAAAGCAGACUAGCUCAGGAACAAAAUCAAGAUCACAUGGAAGACAUUCUGACUCCAUAGCAAGAUCCCCAUGUAAAUCUAAAGGGUACACCAAUUCAGAAACAAAAGCACAAACAGCAAAACACUCUCAUUUUCCAUCACAUUCCAGAUCUCGGAGUUAUCGUCAUAAAAACAGUUGGUGAACAAGAGAAGAGUGUUAGAUAGUUUUUAAGUUAUUAAACCUCACAUUAUGUUAAAUAAAAAUUCUUCAAAGCUUACGGAAAAUGCGAGUUGAUAUUAGUUAUCUUUGGGCAUGUACAAGAAACAAACCUCUCUAGCUUUGAAUUAAUUGAGAUUUGGUCUCCAUUUUAGGGCCCACACCACAAAUUUUGAUGUCUAAUGCCACCAUUUUAUGGACCAUUUUUGUUUACAUUGUGGCAGAAGGAUACUUCUCAAAGGAAAUGGGUAAAAUGGAACUAACUUAGGAAAUUCUACUUUGAUAUAAGUACAGUAGUUCCCCCCUUCUCCAUGGAGAUAUGUUUAAAACUCUCCUUGUUUGAUGCCUGAAACCACAGAUUGUACCAAACUCUAUAUAGAUGGUUUUCCCCUAUACACACAUACCUAUGAUCAUGAUUAAUUUAUAAUUAGGCGCAGUAAGAUAUAAACCAUAAUGCUACUAAUAAAAUAGACACAUGGUAAUAUACUAUGAUAAAAGUUAUGUGAAUGUGAUCUCUCAAAAUAUUGCACUGGCCUCACUCUUCCUGUGAGAUUACAAUGCCUAUAUGAUGAGAUGAAGUACUCAGAAGUACAUGCAAUUUAAAACUUGGGAAUUGUUCAUUUCUGGAAUUUUCCAUUUAAUAUUUUUAUAUCACAGUUGAUCGUGCAUAACUGAAACUGUGGAAAGCAAAACCACAGAUAAGGGGGGACUACUGUAUUAGUAAUAUUAAUAAUACCUUUUACAAAAAUAUUUUUUACUUUAAAUCACUUUCAUGUAAAAAGUAAUUGCAUAGGGCAGACAAACUAUUUGACACCUAUGUCUGUUUUGUGUCUUCUGUUUAAACUUAGGCCAAUUCUUGAUGGAUAUUAGUUCAUAUUACAAAAUUCUGACAUCCCUAAAAGUUGAAUUUACAUAGAGAUCAGGCAUUCAAAAGAUAGAUUCUCACCUAAACUCAAAAAGGGUUUUAUUUUAUUGGGUGGAAAAGCAUAGGUAAGUUGACAUUAAAUUGCAUCUUGUACUAUGUUCAAUUACUUCAGAAAUAGCAAAACAUUUUUUGAAUACUGAAUUUUGAAUGGUUUGAGACGUCUCCACUAUAAAAAUUGUGGUCAACACUUAUAAUCCAAAAAUAAUCAUAUUAAGCCUUAUCUCUUUAAAGAGUGGUACCCAUUGUAUAAAAAUAAUUAUACCAUUAUUUCUACAUACCUACUUUUCAUCUGCUUUUUUUUUUCCUUUUUUCCUUUUUAGAGCUCUAGGUUAAGAUUUUAAAUUGUACAUAGUAUGUCUUACUACUUUUGGAAGUGUUUAGUUGUAUUAAGAAACUCAAGACUGCAUCCUCAAAAACAAUCCAGUAUUUGGAUUUACAUUACACUGCCCUUCAUUUUUUAAACCAAAUAACUUUAUUGCUAUUAAUUGCUUUUGUAGUUGUUAAAAAUGAGAAUUUCUUUAAAAUGUGUUUGUGGUUUAUGUUUUUCAGAGGGUUUUGGUAGUAUUUGUGAUAAAUAUGAUUCUUAUAAGGGAUAUAUUUCUAGAGUUCUACUUGUGUACCUUGUUGAAAUACAUUGAAAAUUAAAAAGUUUUCAGCCCAUACAGUUAAUAUUUGUAUCUAGAGUGCUUAAG